GAAAAAAAACAAAGAAGUUCGCAAUUUACACUAGGCAUGACAGAUGCCCUGGUAGAAGCUUAUGGAAAGCAUCAAGUAAGUGAAGUUGAGCCUUAAAUGAUGUUGUUGGUCUUGUUUCUUUUUUAAAGUUUUGAUAAUUAACUUGCUAAGAGGUCAUUGGUAGUUUUUAGCAGUCAUUCUAAAUAUUUUUAACUUUAACCCUGUAUAGUCACGUCACUCAGGAAGCAAGCUUUCUCUGGAAAUGUAGAACUGUGUUGUCAUGAUUCAUAUACAUAGACAAAUAAUUCUUAAAAUGAAUGUAGGGGUCACACACAUAUGUCAGCAAAGUUUUGGAAAAUCUGUGUAACAAGCUUUUACAUUCUCUGUCUAGUACAUUCUGCAGAGCAAAUUUUCCAAUCUUGUGACAAAUGAGAAAAAGAAAGAGGCAUGGAUGAAGGUGGCAGAUGCUAUUAAUGCAGUAAACCCUGCAGAACGGAAAACAGUAGAACAGGUAACUACCACAUUGUAAGGUACUUGCAACCUUUCCAGAAAGGAAGGUUUUUAAGUAUGCUUUCAGUGAAGAUUAGUGCACUGGAAUGCGCCCCCCCUGGGAGUCAGUAAGGGUCUCUAGGUUUAAAGAUAAGUAACCCCAUUUCGUUACCUCAUUUUUUGAGUUUAUAUGUAUAUAAUUUGUGCAAGAGAGUCUUCCAUGUUAGUAGUAUCCCAGGAGACCUGUAUUUCACUUGUCUAGUAAAACCCGACCGGUUUUACAUCCUGGUAAUCUUAUAAAGAGCCUUAAACGAUAAUAAUUAUAUUACUUCCAUAAAUGCGUUGAUCCUCCAUGCAAUACUGUUAAUCCUUACAGGUCAAAAAAAAAGGGAAGAUAUAACAGGAAGUGUCAAGAGAAAAGAAAGACAUGCCAGACAGGAAAUGGAUUCUUAGCAGAUGAGGUGAGCUGUCUUAUGUACACAGGUGCAAGUUGAAACUUUCGUGUCUUCAUGUGACAAACAAAAUGAAAGUGAUGGCAAAAAAACAUGAUGACAUUUGAAAGUUCAAAUUCUGCUGGUCUUCAUGAAAGGUAAGAUAUUUUUUACUCUGCUAAUGGCAAUUCACAACUUUGUAAGACAUUUUUAACACAAAUAAUGUUUUUUUUCUUGUUCAAAGGACAACUCAGACAGUGCAGGGCCCAGCGUGGACAUUGUAAGCCAGUCGCAACAGGAGGUUGCCAGAAUACUCGACCCUGCAAUCUUUACUGGCAUUCCUGGGAGUCAAGACACUGUGGAAUUGAGUAAUACUAGUAAUUGA